AUGAUACGCAAUCUAGUGAAUCGUAUAUGGAAAAAAUUUCUCGAAUUGAAUCUAUUCAAAAAACAUUCAAGUAAUGAACAUACUCUUGAGGAAGAACUUCUUUCUACUCGUAUUUAUUUGAUUGCAUUAAUUGUAUGUUUAUCUAUUAUUACUAUUACUGUUGCACUUAUCGUUCGACCUGUUGACAAAAUUGAAUAUAAACCUUCACAUGAGAAAUUUUCACAAUUACUUCGUAAGUAUCCGAAUACUCUUCAUUGCCCAUGUUCAAAAUCUUCAACAAACUAUGACAAAUUCGUUACUAAUAAAGUUAGUUUUCAUCAAGUUUGUUCAAGUGAAUUCAUUCAACAGACAUGGAUUGAAAAAAUAUUUACAAAUGAAAAUAUUUCAAUGAAAUCUAUCGAUGAUGUUCGUAUUACUCUUAGUUUUUUUUGGCAAACAAUUGCUAGUUUAUGUAUCGCAAGUAACAAAAGUUGGGAUGAUGUUCUUGCAAAUUUUGAAGUCACAAGCUUUAUCACUCCUACGGCAGUUGCUGAGCGAAUUCUUCGGAGUCAAGCUGAAAAUGCUCUUCAAAACCAAAUAGAUCUAUCAAAUGCAACAUCAGUUCGUAAUUUACUUACUUUUCAACGUAUAGCACGUGGAAAUCAAGUUGUAUCAGGUUUACAAACAAAUUUCUAUUUACGUUAUUCACCAGAACAUUUAGGUGCACGAAUAUCUCCAAGAAUGACAACUCAAACAUUUGGUAAUUGUACUUGUUUAAAUAUUGAAGGUUGCCCACGAUCUGCUACAUUUAUUGAUAAUUAUAGUCAUUUAGUUAAUGUACCUGGAAUGAUAGUAGAUUGUUUAGUUGUUGAUGGUGCACUUGCCUCAACACUUGAGUGUUAUUAUAAUCAAUCAUGUAUUUCAAUUUUACAUGGACAAUUAUCGAUGAAUAUUAAACCAUUAUCAGCUACAUCGAAUAAAAAUUUUUCUAUGUAUUCAACACUACAGUCAAUCUUCAAUAAAUUAAUGAUAGAUGGAACAACAACUGAAAUUCGAUUUGAUAAAUAUUUUUCAGAAUGCAAUUGUCCUUUUUGCUCAUAUUCAUAUACAAGACGUUUCGACAUUUUUUUUAUUUUCACGGCUGUUACUGGCUCUAUUGGCAUAUUGUCAUUCAUCGUACGCCAUCUUGCAUCUUUUAUUGCAACAAAGAUUUUACGUCGAAAAAAUCGAAUUUUACCAAUGGAAAAUGUGUCAACUAUAACGUCUAUGGAACAGAAUCGAAGUAAGUUAGAACAGACUUUCAGGAACUUGAGAGUGGCCGAUAGUAUAAGUCAGAGACAAAAUCGAUCUACCGUUUUAACAAUCGAUUAA